AGCUUCACACAUUCACGGCUCAUGAUCUCUGGGUGCUUUGAUUUAUCUCUACUGAGUUACAGUUACUUUGUAUUUGUCUCUAUUCUCACCAUCUCAUUCUGACUUUUCAGGGGCCAGACUACAAUAUUUGUAUGUCUUCUCUGUGGGUUUAUCUCAAGGCAAAGCUCUGCUGGGAAACAUGAGGAUUCUGGCUGCAACCAUAAGAACAUAAAGUACCUCCCUCAGAACAUUCUCUAGACAGAAGUCAUGGGGAUAUACAGAGAGAUCACCAUGACCGCAACAAGUGCAGACAAUAAACGUGAGGGUCCAAAUCAGAAAUCUGCUCGCUGCUGUCAUCCAUUCAAUAACAUUAAGGUGUUUGUGCUGUGCCACGGCUUCCUCCAGCUCUCCCAGCUCCUGCUCUCGGGGUACCUGCGCAGCUCCAUCUCCACCAUUGAGAAACGAUUCGGCAUCUCCAGCCAGACUUCCGGAAUUCUCUCUUCCUUUAAUGAGAUCGGCAACACUGUACUGAUCGUGUUUGUCAGUUACUUCGGGAGUCGGGUGCACAGGCCCCGGUUCAUCGGCGUCGGAGCUCUGAUCGUGUGCGCGGCCGGAUUUCUCAUGUCUCUGCCGCACUUUAUCAUGGGAGCUUAUGAGUACGACAAGUCUGUGGCAAGUCUUUACAGCAACGUCACUGAUAUUUGUCAGCCCAACGGACCAAUCAGAAGCCUUGCCAAUGACCAAUGUGUGGAGAGUGUCCAGAAGGAGAAUAAGAAUGUUCUGUUUAUUCUGUUCCUGGGGCAGAUUCUGCUCGGCAUCGGCAGUGUCCCCAUCCAGCCAUUCGGCAUUUCCUACAUCGACGACUUCGCCAGUAAAAGAAACUCUCCCCUUUAUAUCGGGAUCCUGUUUGCCGUGACCGUGAUGGGCCCAGGAGUGGCGUUUAUUCUGGGAUCUGCCAUGUUGCGCUUCUAUGUUGACAUUGACAAGCUCUCUGCCGAUGAAAUAAUCCUCACACCCAAGGACCCCCGCUGGAUUGGUGCUUGGUGGCUUGGCUACUUGGUGGCCGGAAGUGUUGUUGCCAUCGCUUCGAUACCCUACUUUAUAUUUCCAAGGGAAAUGACAAAACAGGGCCCCGGUGAGAAUCCAGAGGAGCCAAAGUCCACUCUGAAGGAUGAGGUCAAAAAUAAAACAGAAGAAAAAGAGAAGCUGACGCUCUCGCAGUUUAUUAAAGUAUUUCCUAAGGUUCUCUUAAGGACGGUGAAAAAUCCAGUCUUCAUCCUUGUAGUUCUUGCCCAAGCCAACUUGUCAGCCAUGGUGUGUGGGCUGGCGACGUUCAUGGCUAAAUUCCUGGAGAGGCAAUUCUCUGUCACAGCCUCUUUCGCUAACCUGUUAAUAGGUUCUGCUAACAUUCCGGCCGCCAUGUCUGGCAUUGUGUUGGGAGGGAUAAUAAUGAAGAGGUUCCGCUUGACUCCCAAACAGUGCGGAUUGAUGUGCGUCUCUGGGUUGGUCGUCUGCAUUUUCGCCGCCACUCCUCUAAUUUUUCUUGGAUGCUCCACACAGCAGUUUGCAAGUCCUCAUAGUGACCAACAGGACAGCUCUGGAAUAUGGCAGAACGUGGGUGAAUGUAGCAGCGACUGCCAAUGUUCCAGUACGGCAUUUAACCCCGUGUGCGGCGCUGAUGGGGUGGAAUACAUAUCUCCGUGUUAUGCCGGCUGCAGGGUUGUACAGUUUGGGGAGUCGGCGAAUGAAGUGCUGAACUACACAAGGUGCAGUUGUAUCCAUGAAGGCAGUUCAGCCAAACCUGGUUCGUGUGGCUCUGGGUGUUAUCAUCUGUUCAAGAUAUUUAUGGUGCUGUCGUGCCUGGCGGGGGGACUGGCUAGUAUGGCUCAGACUCCGUCCUUCAUGCUCAUCCUCAGGAGUGUGGAAGCUACAGACAAGUCUCUGGCUAUUGGGAUACAGUUUAUGCUACUGAGGAUUCUGGCCUGGCUCCCGGGCCCCGUAAUGUACGGCAGUGUGAUUGACAGCACCUGUAUCCUCUGGGGGCAGAAGUGCGGCAAGAAAACCUCCUGUCUGUAUUAUGAUAAUAAUCGCCUGAGACAAAGGUACAUUGGGCUACAAGUCCUCUUUGAGAUCGUGGCGCUGAUAUUUUUCAUUGCCCUAUUCUUUGUGUUACGGCGAAAAGAAAAGGAGAACGUGGACCAAUCAGCAGCAGAGAACCCGGAGAUGCACGUUCUGACACAAGAGAGCACAAAUGCCUGAGAUGACCCAUCUGGUGUGAUGGAAUUAUACGUGGAGCUGACGCAGUCACAGCCAAGAUGGCUUCUUCCGUUGACCUCCAUGUUGCUCCUGUUGCCUCAGGAGAUAUUGAUGGACACUUCUGUUCAGUAAAACCCUAUAAUAAGCUCCAGAAGUACCGACUGUGACUGGGAGACCUGAGCGGCCAAUGAAAUUCCCUAUGAAUGUGACUUAUCGUCGCCCCCUGGUCACAGGGCCACAUUCACAACCCAGACUUAUAAUGGACUGACUCCUGGUGGAAGGAUGCACUUCUUUGUAUAAUGAGCGGGAUUUUAUAUUGAAAUUACUGGAAAUAUUUUUUCUUUAAAUGUAUUGGUAUAAAGAGUAAAUAUUUGUAAAUAAGUUGAUAAAA